AUGCCACAAACUUCUUGGUGGGAAUGGUCGCAGGGGGUCGUCUCUAGCCUCCAGCACUCCAUUUUCUCACUCAUAAAGCCAUCCCAAGGUAACAAUGCCGACCUCCUACGCGCCUACAUCAAAGAACAAGGGGAGGAGAUAUUCCGAAAUAACCCCUGGGCACUCACUGCAGCAAUCGAAGACUUUGCAUCGACUGGCAAGCACUUAAUGAUCUUCAGAGAACCAAAGCUCAAGAUCGCCCGCGAAGCCCUGGAAUCCAUGCUCACUAAGCCAAAACUCAUCAUCGAUUUCGGGACCUACGUUGGUAACUCCGCCAUCGCCUGGGGCGCCAUAUUGCAAGGUAUCCAUGGACCCAACGCAGCUGAGCAGGGCUGUCGCGUGUACACCUUCGAGCUGGACCCCAUCAUGGUCCAGUCGUCGAGAGAUCUCGUUCAGCUUGCGGGACUAGACGGGAUCGUGCAUGUAUUGGAGGGCCCUGCGUCUGAAUCUUUGCGGAAGUUGUAUGAUGAAGGGAAGGUCACGUCUGGUUGUGUUGAUAUGGCGUUUAUUGAUCACUGGGAGAAGUACUAUCUGCCUGAUUUGCAGCUGUGUGAGGAAUUGGGUGUUUUCCACAAGGGGUCUCUGGUGAUUGCGGAUAAUACAGAUUUCCCUGGGGCGCCGAAGUAUUUGGAGUAUGUUCGGUCUGGUGGAUCCGGGUCUGUUCGGUAUGAGAGUAGAGGAUAUAAGAGUGAGACAAAAAGAGGACCGAGUGUCGUUGAAAUCAGCACUGUUGUCGAUGUCUAA